UUUUACGAGUCAGUUGCUGCAACAGAAGCCCCUAGACCAGCAUCAUUAAGCUAGUCUAGGCGGUAGAGACACUCUUCUGGAAGAAAUCAGAAGUGGGAAGCGAUUUUUCGAAGACAGUGCGCGAAGGAUCGUUACAGGUAGAAAGAUCGCAUCCCUGUCGUUCUGUGGAAGCUAUCAGAGCCUACAAAGACUACGAGCUGGAGAAUCUUGUGGCUUUCGCUUUCGUGCGGUCCGUGUUUGAUGUGGCAGCUAAAAUAUAAAAACAAGACUGUCYGACACAUGGGCUCAUUCUUUCGACUGCUUUCACACAGAACACGYCUCCCCAAAUACACUGAGAAAAAGCAGACAUGGUCCGAACACAAGUAGCARCCAGCAGCAGUCCUUUCCAGACAAAGCGAUCAUUCAUGAUUGAGGAUCUUCUACGUAYUGAGUCUUGUGCGACGGAGRGCUCUUCUAAUUCUACAAGUGAUUGUCGCUCGCAGCUCCCUGUUCCUGCAAAGAGUGCUGAUGCAGCAGCAAUGUUAACCGCUCAAGUCCGNUCUGUCGACCAGUCAAUUCAAGCGCCGUCUAUGUCCGUGGACCAGGAAAGACUCCUCGACAAAGCCUUCAGCCUCCAGCCGUACCCCAACAAGAAGCAACGUCAGCACCUAGCAGCAGAGAUCCACGCAAGUGAAGAUCAAAUCAAGCUCUGGUUCCGCGAGCGCCGAGUGACUCUGAAAAAUCAGCUUUCCCACCAUAGACAGCGAUCAGCCAAGUUAGCCUACCUGAAUAGUCUUGCCCACAGCCUUGUAAUACAGCCGGUACAGCCAACUCCUCGUCAGACUCGUCCUGCUGUGCCUUUUGUUCCUUAUCGCCCAGUAGCGUACUCYAGAKYACAUGUCGUUCCCUCGAUUUACAGCCGUUCUGCUGCCAGRCAGUCACCAUACAUUUUGCCGCCAGCACUAWAGGGACACCCGCGGAGUUAUUGGUAUUAUUAAUUGAUAUAGUAGAAACACUAUAAAUAGAUGAUAUAUAUAGAUAUACGAAGAUUGUAAAUAAUGUAUCACUGAGGAAGACUAUCAUACAAUGAUUGUAUUUCGUUCUUUUCUUAAUAGCUAGCAAUAAACACAGUUCUCUAUC